UGCGGAGCAGCCCCGGCACCGCCGAAUCCCCCCGCGUCGGGCACCGCGGAGCAUCCCUGGGACCGCGGAGCAUCCCUGAUACCGCAGAGCACCCCCAGGACCGCGGAGCAUCCUCCAGUACUGAGGAGCAUCCUACAGCACUGCGGAGCAUCCCCGGGUCUGCGGAGCAUCCCUCGUACCGGGGAGCAUCCCCAGUACUGCAGAGCAUCCCCUGGUACCACACAGCAUCCCCCAGCACCACGGAGCAUCCCCCAGUACCACGGAACAUCGCAGGUACCACGGAGCGUCCUCGGCACCGUGGAGCAUCCUCCGGUACCACAGAGCUUCCUCGCGACACCCAUUCCCUCCUGGAACCGCGGACCCCCCCGGGGUGCUGGAGCGAUGCCGGGCGGCAGCACCGGGCGCUUCUAAGGUGCAAGAGGCUGUCCCCUCGGCGCAGCCACUCGCCACAAGAUGAGGGUCCUGCCCCUCAUCCUGCUGCUCUGGGACCUGCUGGAGGCGGCACUGGGCUACCUCACGGUGAGCAUCGAGCCGCUGCCGCCUGUGGUGGUGGGUGACUCCGUGAUCCUGAAAUGCAACUUCAAGACAGACGGCAGGAUGCGCGAGAUCGUCUGGUACCGGGUGACAGAAGGCGGCACCAUCAGGCAGAAGAUCUUCACCUUCGAUGCCAUGUUCUCCACCAACUCCUCGCACAUGGAGAACUACCGCAAGCGGGAAGAGCUGGUCUACCGAUCGACAGUGCGGCUCCCGGAUGUGCGCAUCUCCGACAGCGGCCCCUACGAGUGCCACGUGGGCAUUUACGACCGAGCCUCGUGGGAGAAGGUGGUGCUGGCCUCCGCUAGGGUCCUCCUCAACGUGAUGGCGCCUCCGACGUCCAUCUCGGUGGUGGCUGCUGACACGCCGGCGCCCUUCAGCCGCUACCAAGCRCAGAACUUCACCCUGGUGUGCGUGGUGGCCGGAGGCAAGCCUGCCCCACUGGUGUACUUCAAGCGCGACGGGGAGCCCAUUGAGGCGACGCCACUGCCAGAGCCACCGAGCAGCAGCAGCGGUGGCGGCGGUGCCGACAGCGACAGGGACUUGCUGGAGGGCCGGGCGCCCCGKAACCUGCUGCACCGCGAUCUAGACGACACCAAGGUGCCAAAGCCKCUGUGGGCAGCCGAGGAGGAGGUGCAGGGCAGGCGGCCGCCCAGCACGCUGGAGCCGCCGCGGGGGCUGGCGGCUGAGCGGGGCCCUGCCACGGAGGCCAUCCCCGAGACGGUGGUGAGCCGCGAGUUCCCGCGCUGGGUGCACGUCACCGAGCCCAUCUACUACGUGCGGCACGCGCAGUUGCCCRUCAGCGACGGCACGGUGGAGGCGCGGGCCACGCUCACCUGGACCCUGAACCCCCAGAUCGACAACGAGGCGCUCUUCAGCUGCGAGGUGAAGCACCCGGCGCUCUCCAUGCCCAUGCAGGCGGAGGUGACGCUUGUCGCUCCUAAGGGCCCGAAGAUCACCAUGACCCCAACAAGAGCCCGUGUCGGAGACACCGUGCGCAUCCUGGUGCAGGGCUUUCAGAAUGAAGUCUUCCCUGAGCCGCUCUUCACCUGGACCCGAGUGGGCAGCAGGCUCCUGGACGGCAGUGCUGAGCACGAUGGCAAGGAGCUGGUGCUGGAGCGGGUGCCAGCCGAGCUCAACGGCUCCAUGUACCGCUGCACAGCACAGAACCCGCUGGGCUCCACAGACACCCACACCAGGCUCAUCGUCUUCGAAAAUCCCAAUAUUCCCAGAGGAACAGAGGACUCAGACGGUUCAAUCUCCAACCGCUGCAGCUUCCAGCUUGCUUUGGCACUCACCUUGACAGUGAUCCUGGAGCUAACGUGAAGCUUUGCCUGCCUCCUCCUCCUCCUCUUCCUCCGCGUGGCUCCAGUGAGCAUUCACGCCUCUGACAGUUGGUUCUCUCUUUUUUUUU